CCCUGGCUUCGGUCGUGAUAUUGCGUUCUUUCAUCCCGUGGUAGGCAGCGUCAAUCGCGCCUCCAGUCGUUGUCCUGGAGUUUCGUCUCCCUGCUACACUCUGUCCAUCGCCUUUUUUUUUUCUCUCGAUCGUGGACUAGUGGGAGAGCUUCCUUCCAUUUUUGAUCGCUAAUUAUGGCUCCUCCGCCGCGCUUGCGCAUUUUAUCAGGUUCGUACUCGCACUGCCCCGGCAAGACUGUUCCUAUUUACUUUUUGACGACAAAUUUCCUGUCGUUCCUUAAAUGGGCUUUUGUUGCAACCCAGAUCACCUUUCGGAGUACCCAGAAUGGGCCGUCAUCUAACUAGACUUUGUUUAGUCGGCAGCAAUGCUAUCUCGGCCUUCCUCUCGUGGAGACUUCAGGCGACGACCUCCUGCGACGUGACACUAGUGUGGAAAUCGGGCUAUGAGUCGGUAUCUCAAUAUGGAGUAUCCUUCAAGUCGAAAGCUUUCGGCAAUGAGCGCUUCAAACCUCGUCAUGUUGUCCGCACACCCGAAGAUGCCGCAUCUCGCGAGAACGCAUUUGACUACGUCAUUCUGUGUGUCAAGGCACUGCCAGAUGUCUACGACCUGGCUUCAGUCAUCGAAUCCGUCGUCACCCCUCAACAUACGUGUAUCCUCGUGAACACAACGAACACAUUGGGAGUAGAAUCACACCUAGAGCAGCGGUUUCCUACAAACGUCGUCCUUUCGCUUGUGUCCGGGGUGGAGAUUUCUCAGAUUGGUGCCAGCGAGUUCGAGCAUCUAAACUCAUCGGAGAUUUGGGUUGGUGCCACAAGCAAGCAAACCAGCAUUCCUUCUACGAUUCAGAAUGAUAUGGCGGCUGCACUGGCGAUGACACUGGCUUCUGGCCAAGUCGACUGCAAAGUAUCAGAUAAUAUCAGACAGGAGCAAUUCGAUCGUAUGAUAGGUCCUAUUGCUUUCUACCCCACUAGUGUAAUGUUUGAAACCUCCAACCACACACAACUUCUUGAGAAGGUCGGCGUACGCCAACUUGUUUCAGACAUCAUUGAGGAGCUCCUCGAGCUUGCGCGUGCGAACGGAUGCUCUUUUCCGAAUGACUUUGCUAAGAAGACGAUUGAAACGAUGACCGCCAAUGGUGCACCAAGUACGAUGUAUCAGGACUUCCAAGCCCGCCGUCCAAUGGAAAUUGAGACAUAUCUCGGAUCUCCAAUCAAAUUGGCGACCGAAUCAGGCGUCCGUAUCCCUCGGAUUGAGACUCUCUACGCAGUGCUUCAUCAUGUCAAUGCCACAAACUUGAGUAAGCCCCGGACCAACGAAUCUCCUCCACCUGUGCUGGCUCAACCGCCACCUCGGAUGUCUUCGGCACCGCCGAGAGGACCGAUGAAUGGCCCUAUGCGUGGAGGCAGGGCUCCUUCUGGAAUGAUGCCUAGACGUGGGCCACCACCCCACCCAGGAAUGUCAAGACCCCCGAGCGCACAGCCGCAAAUGGCCAGAAUGCCUCCUCGUGACCCUUCAUUGGAAGGUCUUGAGGAGUUCAGCCACCUCGUCAUGUACGAUGAUGCUGCCACAGCCGCAGCUGUGGCUGCAGAGAAUGGCGUACCGCCUCAGAACGGCACUAACGGCUAUCCGGAUAUGCCGCCCGGGCCUCCAUCUUCCGCAGCUGAGUUGGCUUUGAGAGAACGAGAACUGGCGAUCCGGCAGCGUGAGUUGCAGAUCAGAGAACAGGAGAUGGGUAUGCGUCGAGGUCCCCGGCGACCACCUCCCCCCCCGAGAUCGACAUUUGAUGAAGAGGACGAGGAUGACUAUUUCGAUCCAAUGGAUACUUUGCCGAUCCCAUCAAUCGAUCCGGACCAAGUGGACAUGUUGAGUAUCACCUCGAGACGGGCGAAGAAAUCAGCGCCCAGCGCCAGUCAGCUCCGUAAGAACCCGGAAAUCACUUUAAAUAAUGGCGGCGGCGGCGGUGGUGCUAGCAGGCCCGGGUCGUCCUUUAGCCGAUACUUCGGAGGAAGGAAACGUACCAGUGAUCGGAUCAUGCAGGAAAUCCCUGGCCUUCAUGAUUCUCUCAUGGACAAUCCUAUGAUGGCGUACGCAUCGAAUCGAUAUGGAGCGGUCGACAGAAACCACAUUCAGGCGGGGUCGCGUGCUAAUUCACUGACGGCCAGCCGAAUGGGUGACUACCCACCACAUCCUUACCCAACCAGUAGGAGGAACAGCCAGUCUCCGGCGACUCCUCCCUACGGUCCGCCUGGCCCUCGAAUGGGCCGACAAGGAACAUCCCAAGAUCCAAGCCUAGGCCCACCGAACGGCCCUCGUGGCGGCCAACCGUCGCCGCCCGGGCAAAUGCGGGCGCCAGUCCCCAGACAUCCGCCUGGACAAGGUAAUGCGGUAGGUCCGCAGCAAAUUGAGCAACAAUAUGGGGUGAGCAACUCGUCUUUAGCCAAGGGCACUCCCAAGCAUAGAAGUCUGACCGGAAGUGCGAGCGCCAGCGCGGAGAGUGGUGAUAGUGGGGCCAGUGCGAACCUUGAUUCCGAAACCUCAGCCCAUAGCAGCCAAAUCAGCUUGAAUGGUCAACAAGCUGCGACGCCCGUUCGUUGAUCGACGCAGCCCGUCGUCCUCCGGUUCCCCCCCCCCACCCCACCUUUCAGAAAAGCUGAGCUUUAGAACCCUGUUCUAUACGUACUCAUCUGGUUACUUCGCGUUCCAUUCUUUUCCUCCCCUGGCUGGAAGACGCAGCCCGUGGGGGUCCCCUUUGGCUUGUACAAGACUCUUUUUUAAGAUGCUUGGCAAGGGCGGUAGGAGCGGACUCAAGACCUUAUAUUCUCGUUCAGUUCAUUACAUAUACACC